AUGAGUGCCAGUCAAGAAUCAAAUAACGAAGCUGUUGGUGCCGCUACGUCACAGACUGAUCAGCAGGCCGAAAAUACGUUACCUGUUGGUUUUUUCCGUCCGAUUGCAAGCAACUGGUGCCAUUCCAUGUCUCAGUUGGUCAAAGUGGAUUUCGAGUGGACCAUUCACCACGUUCUGCGCUACGAGUUGAAUCGACAAGGAGUUGUAAUAUCGGAGCCAUUCUCAGCAAAAGAAAUUCCAUAUUGCCAAUGGAUGUUGCAAGCUCAUUUCGCCUCCAAUCAACAAUCGGGUGUAGUCGUCAAGCUCUCUUCGGCCACUCCCGCCGGUGCCAGUUUAUUCCGAAUUCCAAUCCCAAUUCGAGUCAAAUUUGCAAUCGUCAACAAAAUGCGCGAAAAAGUCUCGCAGAAGGAACUCAAUUUGCCGAGAGGCACUGAAUUGCCUUGCACUCUAAACACUUUUAAUCUGGGUGAUGUGUCCAACAACAGACAGGAGGAUUUGCUGAUUGACAACGCCCAUCUGGCCAUCUACUGCGAAAUCGAAACUUGGGUGUCUAAGGCGGCGCUAACGGGCCGGACGGAGAACUUUCGCGAUCAGCCCCUGUUCAACGACGACGAGUUGAUCCAACAUCUAGGCGGAUUGCAUCAAACCAUGAAAUUCAGUGACGUCACUUUCACCAUUCGCGGCUGCAAGUUUGAGGCCCACAAGGCCAUUUUAUCUGCCAGAAGUCCCGUCUUCGCCGCCAUGUUCGAUCACGAAACCGCCGAGAACUUAUCUCACCAAGUGAAAAUCAACGACGUGGACCCGGAAGUGUUUCAAGAAUUGCUCCGUUUCGUUUACACGGGCCGGAUACCUGUCAUCACAAUGAAGACGCUGACGACUGGACUUUUGGCGGCUGCCGGGAAAUAUCUUCUCGGGAGUCUGAUGACGGCCUGCGAAAAGUAUUUGGUCAACGAUCUCUCGGCAGAUAAUUGCAUCGAGUUGCUCAUUCUUGCCGAUGGCCAUUGCGCAGAUUACUUGAAGUGGAACGCGCUGAACUUUCUUCGCAGUUUCCCCAACGAGGUGAUGGCCACAGAUGGAUGGAGCACGGCGAAACGGGAUCACUCCACUUGGCUGUGUGACAUCCAGCAAGCUGCUUUCACUUCGACCCGUCCUUGA